UGGUCAGCUGACUGUGACUCGCUCUGGAAACACCAGUGUUAGGACAUGAAUAUCCAUCCGUACGAUUUGCUGCUUUAAAAAAACAAAAACAAUUCCGUUAUAUAUCCCAAUAAGUAUUUGGUCUGCUUUGUUUAACCACGUGCAUCUUCACCUAGCCCAGCACAGUCAUGACAGAGUUUUGGUUGAUCUCGGCUCCUGGAGAGAAAACCUGCCAGCAGACAUGGGACAAGCUGAUGGUGGCCACCACUCGCACCAACAACCUGUCCACUAACAACAAGUUUAACAUCCCGGACCUUAAGGUCGGGACUUUAGAUGUUUUAGUCGGACUCUCGGACGAGCUGGCCAAAUUGGACUCUUUUGUGGAAUGUGUGGUGAAGAAGGUGGCACAGUACAUGGCCGACGUGCUCGAGGACAGCCGUGAUAAAGUUCAGGAGAACCUGUUGGCAAAUGGAGUGGAUCUGAUCACCUACAUCACGAGGUUUCAGUGGGACAUGGCAAAAUACCCCAUAAAGCAAUCUUUGAAGAACAUAUCUGAAAUCAUAUCUAAGCAAGUAACGCAGAUUGAUAACGAUUUGAAGGCUCGAGCUUCAGCAUACAACAACCUGAAGGGGAACCUGCAGAACCUCGAGAGAAAGAACGCAGGGAGCCUGCUGACCCGCAGCCUGGCUGAUAUUGUAAAGAAGGAGGAUUUUGUGCUGGACUCGGAGUACCUCAUCACUCUGUUGGUGGUGGUACCAAAAACUAAUUAUUCAGACUGGCAGAAGACGUACGAGACUCUAGCGGAAAUGGUGGUGCCGAGGUCCACAAAUUUGCUGUUUGAGGAUCAUGACAGCGGGCUGUUCAGCGUCACGCUGUUCCGCAAAGCCAUUGACGACUUCAGGCACAAGGCCAGAGAGAACAAGUUCGUAGUCCGAGAUUUCCAGUACAACGAGGAGGAGAUGAAGGCCGAUAAAGAGGAGAUGACGAGGCUCUCCACUGAUAAGAAGAAGCAGUUUGGUCCUCUGGUGCGAUGGCUGAAAGUAAACUUCAGUGAAGCCUUCAUCGCGUGGAUCCACAUCAAGGCUCUGAGGGUGUUCGUGGAAUCUGUUUUAAGGUACGGCCUACCUGUGAACUUCCAGGCCAUGCUGCUGCAGCCUAAUAAGAAGAACAUGAAGAAACUGAGGGAAGUGCUAUAUGAGCUCUAUAAGCAUCUGGACAGUAGUGCUGCUGCGAUUAUCGAUCAAACUGCUAUGGAUAUUCCCGGGCUGAAUCUGAGCCAGCAGGAGUAUUAUCCGUACGUCUACUACAAAAUCGACUGCAACCUUCUCGAUUUCAAAUAAUCCACCCC